UAUGUUGACCUUAAACUUGCUUUGCAAUUAGAGCUGCAGAUGUAUUACAACACAACUAUGGGACAGCAAGUACUAACACUUAUAGUAACAAGUAUAAGCCAAGGCAGCGUGAUCGUUGAGUUCGAGGUGGUGAUUCCAGACAACCAGGAGGCCAGAAUGGCAUUUACGGAGGCCAUCAUCGCCCUUGUCAGCGGUAAUACGACCAUUCGAGUCCUCAACAUGCCAGUAUCAGCAACCGAAGUUCAGAUAAAUAAUGCAUCAGUUACCAACGAAACGGUUACGGAAGCCGUGUGCAUGCUAUUUGAAGCCAGUGGAGGCUGUGGACAAGGUUUCUACUGCGAAAACCAUGCCGGGAAACCAGUUUGUGCAGAACCUACCACUACAACUGCAGAAGCUACUACUACAACAGCAGAAGCUGCUUCUACAACAGCAGAAGCUACUUCUACAAAUGCAGAAGCUACUACUACAAUUGCAGAAGCUACUUCUACAACUGCAGAACCUACCAAUACAAUGGCUGAUCCUACUACUACAACUGCAGAAUCUACCACUACAACUGCAGAAGCUACUACUACAACUGCAGACGCUACUGCUACAACUGCGGAAGCUACCACUACAACAGCAGAAGCAACUACUACAACUACAGAAGCUACUACGCCAAUUGUAGAGGCUACCACUACAAUUUCUGCUCCUUCAACUACAACUGCGGCCAACAUUACAUCGCAGAAAAUCACGGUUAUUCUUAAGUUUGCUAUUAAUGCUUCUACGGUGGAUUUCAAUAACGCCUCUUCAGAAUCAUAUGUUGACCUUUUACGAGUUUUGCAAGCAGAGCUGCAGAUGUAUUACAAUACAACUAUGGCACAGCAAGUUCUAACACUUAUAGUAACAAGUAUACGCCAAGGCAGCGUGAUCGUUGAGUUCGAUGUGGUGAUUCCAGACAACCAGGAGGCCAGAAUGGCAUUUACGGAGGCCAUCAUCGCCCUUGUCAGCGGUAAUACGACCAUUCGAGUCCUCGACAUGCCAGUAUCAGCAACCGAAGUUCAGAUAAAUAAUGCAUCAGUUACCAACGAAACCGUUACGCAAGCCGUGUGCACACUAUUCGAAGCCAGUGGGGGCUGUGGACAAGGUUUGCACUGCGAAAACCAAGGCGGGGAACCAGUUUGUGUCCAAGACGAACAAGCGGAAGCUUCCACCACAUCAGCAGCUUCUGCCACUACAACUGCAGAAGAUAUUAUAAUAACUACCGAAGCUACCACUACAACUGCAGAAUAUAUUACUACAUCUGCAGAACUAAUCACUACAACUGCUGCUCCUACCACUACAACUGCAGAACUUACCACAACAUCUGCGGAUUAUACAACUACAACUGCAGAACCUACCGAUGCUCCUACCACUACAACUUUUGAUGCUUUACUUUCAACUACAGCUUUUACCACUUCAACUACAGAUUCUACCACUACAACUUCUUUCCCUACAACUACAACUGAAGCUUCUACCAUCACAACUGCUACUACUACCACUACAACAGAAGUUUCUACCGUUAUAACAACAACAAAUACAGCUCCUGCCACUACAAUUGCAGCGAACAUUACAACACAGACAUUCACGGUUAUUCUUAAAUUUGAAAUUAAUGGUUCUACGGUGGAUUUCAAUAACGCGUCUUCAGAAUCAUAUGUUGACCUUAAGCGAGCUUUGCAAGUGGAGGUGCAGAUGUAUUACAACACAACUAUGGGACAGGUUACAAUUAUUGUAAAAAGUAUACGCCAAGGUAGUGUGAUCGUAGAGUACGACGUAGUGAUUCGAGACGACGAGAAGACAAUACAAGCAUUUACCGAAGCCAACGUCGCCCUUGUCAGCGGUGAAAGGACCAUUAAGGUCCUCGACACGACAGUAUCCGCAGCCUCAGUUCAGAUAAAUGAUGCAUUUGUAACCAAGGAAACGGUUAAGGAAGGCGUGUGCACACUAUUUGUAGCGAGUGGGGGUUGUGGAAAAGGUUUCCACUGCGAAAACCAUGGCGGGAAACCAGUUUGUUUUGAAGACAAACAAACGGUGGCUACCUACUCCUCGUCUGAUGGCGCUAAUGCUAUCAUCAUCGCCACUGUUUGCAGCGUGUCGUUCUUGAUCCUGGUCGUGUUUUUCGUCUGCUUCAUCGCAAGAAGAUAUCGCAGUCGGAAUAUCAAAUCCAGCUCUUCCCAGAUCUCGGCUGACUCCUAUGACAAGAAACGGUGGGAGCAUUUUGGAAGGCGCAUUGCUCCUUUUUUCGGGUCCGUUGGCUGGCGUGAAAACAACUUGGGUUGGGUUCCCCAACUGAACGACAGUGACAAGCGACCAACUUUGAACGAUCUGGAACGUGAUAUGCCUGACAGUUCCCAGAUGUCGUUUUACAACCCUGUCGUCGCCAGAAGACACGGACAGGAUGAUUUUGACUUUGAUGACUUGGAAUCACGUUGAUAAGACUUCACAGAUCACCAAUAUGCAGACAAGAUGGCGAAGUUUGAAGAUUCUCCUGCAGAUCUAGCUAACACUUGUGUUAGCUAACGUAUAUGCACAUGGAUUUAAAACUACAAUCAAGUGUUUAACAUUUAAUAUUGUUGCAGAGGGUGAAAAGUAAUUGAAGACACGUAUAUCCAAUUUUUUUUUUAAUGAAACACCGUAUACGUUAAAAAUGAAAUUGUUAUCAUUCUAGUUCACUAAGAUUAGUUUCUGACCGUGUGUGUCAUAGACACAAUAGGUAUUGAUGUCUUUGAUAAAAAUUAAUACUUUAAUACGUUUAUUUUAGUGAAGUUUAUACAGAGAUAAUGAUUAAAAAAAAAUUCAGUAGUAUAUGUUAGAUUUAUUUCUACUUAGCUUUUUUAUGCUUUUUCUUUAUAUAUAUAUAUUUGUAAUA